AUGAUGCUGCCCAUUCGAAGUUCAUCAUUAAAAUCAAUCCAUGUUACAAGACUUUCUCGUCACUCCGGUCAUCAAUCAGAAGAGGCACUGCCCAUUCAAAGUUCGUCAUCAAAAAUAAUCCAUGUUACAAGACUUUCUCGUCACUCCGGUCAUCAGCCAGAAGAGGCACCUCCCAUUCGAAGUUCGUCAUUACAACCAAUAAAUGUUACAAGACUUUCUCGUCGUUCUGGCAAUCGAUCACAAACAGUGCUACCCGGUCGAAAAUGGUCACCAAAAGGAGUUCGUGUAAUGAAACUUUCUCGUCGUUCCGAAAAUCGGUCACCACCGAUGCUCUCCAUUCAAAGUUCGUCAUUACAAGAUUUCUACGGCAUGCAAGUUUUUCACCGUUUUGGUGAUCGAUUACUAGAAACUCCUGUGAGAUUUUUGAGAUUGUUCUCCGAAACCUAUGCAAGAGACAAUAUUCUAAAUCUUUUUUUAUAG